GAGUUGCUUCUGGAGUGAGAGAAUUGGCCGUCUGCAAGGACGUUGCCCAGGGGAUGCCCGGAUGUUUUGAUGUUUUUACCAUCCUUGUGGGAGGCUUCUCUCAUGUCCCCGCAUGGAGCUGGAGCUGAUAGAGGGAGCUCAUCCACACUCUCCCCGGGUGGGAUUCGAACCUGGCAGCUUUCAGGUCAGCAACCCAACCUUCAAGUCACGAGGCUUUUAUCCCCUAGGCCAUCGGAGGCUCCUCUGAGGAUGCCUGCCAUAGAUGUGGGCGAAACGUCAGGAGAGAAUGCUUCUGGAGCCCGGAAAACUCUCAGCAAGCAACCCCUUGAUUCCGGCCAUGAAAGCCUUGGACAACACAUUGUGCUUGCAUCAGUGGCUGAGAUCCAGAAGCAACAGCGGCAGCUGAGGGGGGGGGGGAAUAUUAUGGGAUGCCUUUAAGGGAAGGGGAGUCUUCGGUGAGAGGGACCAGCAGGAGAGCAGGAAGGAGCCUUGCGGGAGGAGGAGGAGACAAAGAGGAGAGAAAGCAAGCCUCUUGGCAAGGAAGGAGGGAAAUGACAAUUUUGUGGAUCCACCUCUGAUGUGAUGAGAAACACGCUGACAUGCAAUAGAUAUUGAGGAAUUCAAAAGACAAAAAUAUCAGGAAAUGUAAGGAAACAAAAUAUAGGAAGAAGAAAUUGUCCCAACAUGCCAAUUUUGCUAUAUACUUACUUCACCUACAGAUAAAAAAAGAAGAGUAUACAUAUCUUGUGGUCGGCAUGGAGGAGAAAGCAUAUAAAUGCACUGAAUGUGGAAAAAGCUUCACUCAGCAUGGAAAUCUGAAGAUACAUGAACGAACUCACACUGGCGAGAAACCCUAUAAAUGCCAGGAGUGUGGAAAGAGCUUCAGUCAGAAAGGAAGUCUACAAUCACAUCAAAGAACUCACACUGGGGAGAAACCCUUUUCAUGCCUGGAGUGUGGCAUGAGCUUCACUCAGCGUGGAAAUCUGAAGAUACAUGAACGAACUCACACUGGCGAGAAAUCCUAUAAAUGCCAGGAGUGUGGAAAGAGCUUCAGUCAGAAAGGAAGUCUGCAAUCACAUCAAAGAACUCACACUGGGGAGAAACCCUUUUCAUGUCUGGAGUGUGGCAUGAGCUUCAUUCAGCGUGGAACUCUAUAUUUGCACCAAAAAACUCACAUUGGGGAUAAACCCUAUAUAUGUCUGGAGUGUGGAAUGAGAUUCACUCGGAGUGGAAACCUCCAUAAACAUCAAAGAAGUCACACUGGGGAAAAACCGUAUACAUGUCCAGAGUGCGGAAAGAGAUUUACUCAGAGUGGAAAUCUACACAAACAUCAAAAAACUCAUACUGGGGAGAAACUCUAUACAUGCCUGGAGUGUGGAAAGAGCUUUGUUGAGAGUGGAAACCUACAUAGACAUCAAAGAAGUCAUACUGGGGAAAGACCCUAUUCAUGCAUAGAAUGUGGAAAGAGCUUCACUGACAGUGGAAAUCUACUUAAACAUCAAAGAAUACACACUGGGGAGAAACCCUAUACAUGCCUGGAAUGCGGAAAAAGCUUUUCUGAGAGUGGAAGUCUACAAUCACAUCAAAGAACUCACACUGGGGUGAAACCCUAUAAAUGCCCGGAAUGUGGAAGGAGCUUCACUCAUACUGCAAGUUUACGUUCACAUCACAAAACUCACACUGGAGAGAAACCUUAUAAGUGCCUGGAGUGUGGAGUGAGCUUCAGUCAGAAUUCACAUCUCCAUAGACAUCAUAGAACGCACACUGGGGAGAAACCCUAUACAUGCAUGGAGUGCGGAAAGAGCUUCACCUGGAGUCAAAGUGUCAAGGACAGAACUCUACAUUCACAUGAAAGAACCCACACUGGGGAGAAACCCUAUACAUGCAUGGAGUGUGGAAAGAGUUUUAAUGAAAGUGGAACUCUACAAAAGCAUCGCAGAACCCAUACUGGGGAGAAACCCUAUAAAUGUCUUGACUGCGGAAAGAGCUUCACUCACACUGCAAGUCUACGUUCACAUCAUAAAAUUCACACUGGGGAGAAACCUUAUACAUGCAUGGAGUGUGGGAUGAGUUUCAGUCAGAAUUCACAUCUGCAUUCACACCUUAGAACCCACACGGGGGAGAAACCAUAUGCAUGCCUGCAAUGUGGAAUGAGCUUCAGUCAGAAUUCACAUUUGCAUAGACAUCAGAGAACUCAUACUGGGGAGAAACCUUAUAUAUGUCUGGAAUGUGGAAAGAGCUUUACUCACUCUGCAAGUCUACAUUCACAUCACAAAACUCACACUGGGGAGAAACCUUAUAUGUGCCUGGAGUGUGGAAUGAGUUUCAGCCAGAAUUCACAUCUACAUUCACAUCAUAGAACACACACUGGAGAAAAACCUUAUACAUGCCUGGAGUGUGGAGUGAGCUUCAGUCAGAAUUCACAUCUCCAUAGACAUCAUCGAACUCACACUGGGGAGAAACCUUAUACAUGCCUGGAGUGUGGAAAGAGUUUCAGUGACAGUGGACAUCUACAUUCGCAUCAUAAAACCCACACUGGGGAGAAACCUUAUACGUGCCUGGAGUGUGGAAUGAGCUUCAGUCAGAAUUCACAUCUCCAUAGACAUCAAAGAACUCACACCAGAGAGAAAUCCUUUACAUGCACGGAGUGUGGAAAGAGUUUUGUUUCGAGUCAAGGUUUACAUUCACAUGCAAGAACCCACACUGGGGAGUAACUCUAUACAUGCCUGGAGUGUGGAAAGAUCUCCACUAAGAGUGAGGGUCUACAUUCAUAAAGUAGAACUCACAUUGGAGGGAAGGGUGGUACAGUGUUCCCUCGCUUAUCGCAAGGGUUCCGUUCCAGGACCUAAGUAGUAAUCCGCGAAAUAGGUGCACUAUUUUAAUUUUAAUAUUUAUUUAUUAUUUUAAUUUUUAUGUGGCCUUUCUCCCCCUUGCAAGCCCCGGGGAGCUAGUGAACCCUUCCCUACCGGUUCCUGCUGGACCCUUGCUCCGGGCCUGUCAUGUUGCUCUGACUGCUUCCCUGCAGCCAGGGAAGAAAGAACGCUGCUCCAGCCAGAUGAGUGAGCGAGGGAGGGUGGAUGAG